CCGCACUACCUGCUUUACAUCUCAUUAGCCACGGCAGGGGAGAGCAAACAGCAGUGUGGAGCCAGACCAGAGCACAAAUAUGAAGAUGAACACAGCUUUGACUGUUGUUGGAGCAUUAUUACUCAACAUUGCAGGUUCACUCUGUCAGUUAAAUGUUUGUGGUCGGGCCCCUCUUAACACUAAGAUUGUAGGAGGACAGAAUGCAGGAGUGGGGUCUUGGCCGUGGCAAGUCAGCCUUCAGAGUACCACUUUUGGAGGCCAUUUCUGUGGCGGGAGUCUAAUCAAUAAAGACUGGGUUCUGUCUGCAGCUCACUGCUUCCAGGGCUCCUAUGGCACAGUUAGAGUCGUACUGGGACUUCAGAGCCAGUCAGGCUCAAACCCUUAUAAGAUAACCAAAACAGCAGCUCAAGUCAUUGUCCAUCGUUACUAUAACACCCCUAGCAAUGACAAUGACAUAGCACUGCUCAAGCUCGAUUCUUCUGUGACUUUCAAUGAUUACAUUCAGCCAGUGUGUCUGGCUGCUGCUGGAAAUACAUAUGCUGCUGGUACACAGAGCUGGGUCACUGGAUGGGGGAAACUCAAUGCUGCAGCCACUCAGAUUCCUGACAUACUGCAGGAGGUGCAGAUACCGAUUGUGAGCAACAGUGACUGUAACCGUGCGUAUGCAGGCGGCAUCACAAGCAAUAUGAUUUGUGCUGGAUUGUUAGUUCAGGGAGGGAAAGAUUCAUGUCAGGGAGACUCUGGGGGUCCAAUGGUCAGUAGGAAUGGCUCCCAGUGGAUUCAGUCUGGCAUUGUGAGUUUCGGUCAAGGAUGUGCUGAGCCCGGUUAUCCUGGUGUUUACGCCAGAGUGUCGCAAUACCAGGACUGGAUUACAAGUUACACAGGCAGCAGCAAUCCACCUGGGUUCGUUCAAUUCAAUUCCAGUGGAUUCAGAAGCUCACCUAACCUGUUUUUAUUUUCCAUUUCUCUCACAUUCUCCAUCAUUCCUUUAGUCUCUAUGUUUUGCAAACAAUACUACACAGCAGAGACAUUAAGGAUGAAAGUUCGUCAGUUUGUGUAUGUCGGAGAGUUUUUACUUCUCAAUAUAGCAGGAUCACUGUGUCAAUUAGACGUAUGUGGCCAGGUGCCCUUAAACAACAAUAUUGAUGGAGACGAUGCCGUUGCGGGCUCUUGGCCCUGGCAGGCAAGCGUUCAUAGAAUUUCCCCUGAAGAUCACAUCUGUGGCGGGAGUCUAAUCAAUAAAGACUGGGUUUUAUCUGCAGCUCACUGCUUUAUGAUCACAGCUACAGCAAAUAUAAAAAUCUAUCUGGGACGUCAGUUCCAAACAGGCUCAAACCCGAAUGAGAUAUCCAGGACAUUGACUCAGAUCAUCAUCCAUCCCGAAUAUAGCACAACUACUCAAAACAAUGACAUAGCGCUGCUCAGACUGAGCUCUUCUGUGACGUUCACGGAUUACAUUAGGCCAGUAUGUCUGGCCGCUGCUGAAAGUGUGUUUGCUGGAGGAACCAAGAGCUGGAUCACUGGGUGGGACAAACACAGAUCUUCAGAUAUUCAAGUUACAAACGUGCUGCAGGAGGUGCAAUUACCGGUUGUGAGCAAUACGGAAUGCAAUGCAGACUAUAAAGGCAUCAUUACAAACAACAUGAUAUGCGCUGGAAUGAACGAGGGUGGAAAAGAUGCAUGUCAGGGAGACUCUGGAGGACCCAUGGUCAGUCAGAAUGGCUCUCGAUGGAUUCAGUCUGGCAUUGUGAGUUUCGGUCGAGAGUGUGGGUUACCCAGGUACCCUGGAAUUUACACCAGAGUGUCUCAAUACCAAUCUUGGAUCACGUCUCAGAUAAGAACCAACCUGCCUGGAUUUGUCUCCUUCACCUCCACUGAAACGUGCUCCAGUUCACAGAGUCUGCUUUCAUUUUACUUUUCUCUCACAUCAUCCCUCCUUUCUCUAAUUUUAUCCUUUAAUCUAUUUCAUUGAGAAAUGUGUAAA